CAGCCUUGGGAAAAGUGCCGUUUUUGGAACGUGCUUGAGGACCGUCACAAUCAGGCUUUGGUUUGUGUGGUCUGGUUUGUCAAACCAGUCUGCUUUUGUGGCGCACUGCAUUCGAAGCUUUGACAGUAAGAAAGACUUACUCAGCCUACGGCCCGGGGGAAGGAAAACGCGGCUUGCUUCUUCAAGUUCAACAUGGCGACCUCAGCUUUGGUUGGCAGCCGAAGUGCUUUAUUGGUAUGCAGCCUGCAGCAGGGGGGCCUCGAUGAACGUUCCAGUUGUAGACAGCGAAGCGCACCGUUGUGUAGAGGCAAUGUGCCAUCCGCCAGUAUCCGCUUGUCGUCUUCCAGCUUCCAUUCCAAUCUGCUGCAAUUUGCCACUUUGAAACCCUCCAAGACAAGUUCAGCCAGAGGUGCAAUUGUACGGAAUGGCAUGAAAGAGGCGGAGGACUUGGUGCGCUCACGGAAGAUUCGGCCCAUCUCAUACCAGGAUCUUCACAAAGCCCUGACAGCGGAGGGUGAAGGGAACGCGUACACAAUGCUCGAUGUUCGCCCGGAGUGGGAGCAUGCCAAGGCGCACUCGCCCUCGAGCCUGCAUGUCCCUCUGUUUGUCGAGCACGACGGCAAGGACAUUGGCACGCUCAUCGCCAAGGGUUUCGCACUGGGUUACGGGGGCCUGUGGAUGGGGUUACGACACACCAAGGUGAACGAGCAGUUCCUCAACGAGGUCAAAAAGCAAGCGCCCAAAGAGCAACGGCUGCUCGUCUCCUGCGGAGACGGCCUCAGGUCUCUACUAGCAGCAGAAGUUUUGUACAAUGCGGGGUACCGGAAUGUGGCCUGGCUGGAGGGCGGAUUCCGCUUCGUGGAGCAGAAAGACCUGCCGGAUCUGGUUGGAGACACUAAGAUCAAGUAUGCUUCGGCUGGCGGGUUGGCAGGCGUUCUUUUGGACACAGUAGAGAAGUUCAAGCCCUCGUGACGAGGUCGAAAGUCGGAAUGUUGAGCAGAGAUAAAUCGAAGUUCUAGCUACGGGAUGCAAUAAGCUGAAAAACAAGAGAGUAGAGGGUGUUGUGCAGGUUUGCCAUAGUCGAGUUGCGAUUGAAACUAAGUUUAAUCCUCAAUCAGUUGAGUUGUUAGGUAAGAAAGAGCUGUGAUCAUGCUGGAAGCGUGAUCAGAGAAACCGAUUCAUCAGGGUUUGUAACCACAAUCCUUGCUGCUGAUGAAGAAGGUUGCCUAGCGGUUGUUAACCCAUAAUGUGAACAUUUAAGCCGUUUGCGCCAUCAAUGUCGGUACUGCUGUGUUCCGAUCGAGCGGUCAUGCAUAUGUCGAACCAGGUACCAUACUCAAGCU